AGAAACGGUGAUGCUCGCUCAGACGCUUCGACUCUCCGAAACAGCUGGCGGCGUGGAAGCAGCAGCAGCAGCAGCAGCAGAAGGAGCAGACAUUUUCUGCUCGUUCUUCCUCUCGGAGAGACGCCCGGUCAGACCAGCAGGCUGGAGGGAGGCCUCGGGUCCAGUCUUCUGAGGAAGCUUUCUUCCAGGAGACGUAACCACAGCCCACAGCCCCACGACGAUAAUGAAAUGGGGGGGAACGGAGAGGACAGCGGGCCGGGACGGCUGAGCCGGACACUGGGACGUCUCAGCGGCAGGCAUCAGUCCAGAGAUCGACAUCCGGCUCAGCAGGAGAGGCCUCCUCCACCUGUUCAACAAGAGGACAGGUUUCCUCCUCCGCCGGCCCUCGUUUCUCCUCCUCCACCUCCUCCAGCUCCAGCUCCAGCUCCGACUCCUCUCCCUCCGAGAGUGGAAACGCCUCCCAAACGCCCCGACAAGUCGACGAAGCCUAAGCUCCCCCCUCGGCCGCUGUCCAAGGUGUUCAGUAGCUCUGACCACGGCUCGGCUGUGUUGCAGGGCUUUGAUGCUUUUCGGUCGGAUGAGACUCUCUGUGACGUGGUCUUGGUUCCUGGAGACAGCAAGGAAAGGUUCCCAGUCCACAGAGUCAUCAUGGCUUCAUCCAGUGACUACUUCAAGGCCAUGUUCACAGGAGGCAUGAGGGAGCAGGAGAUGAGGGAGAUCAAGCUGCACGGGGUCACUAAGUUGGGUUUAAAGAACAUCAUAGAGUUCAUCUACACCUCCAAAGUCAGCCUGGACAUGGGUAAUCUGCAGGACACGCUGGAGGCGGCAAACUUCCUGCAGGUCAUGCCUGUGCUGAGCUUCUGCAACCAGCUCCUGAGCUCUGAGAUCACCACUGAUAACUGUGUGGAAGUCGAGCACAUCGCCCUCGAUUUGCUUCUGGAGGAUGUACUCCUGAAUAUAGGUGAGUUCGUGAGCCAGAACCUCUCAGAGUUGGUGCAGUGUGGUCGCUACCUCCAGCUCUCCGAGACCAGCAUGGCCAAGGCCCUCGGCAGCAACUCGCUGAAAGGUUUCUCUGAGCUGGAGCUCUACCACAUCGCCAGAGGAUGGCUGAACCACGACUCCCCCAAACGCCGCUCCUCCGCGUACGCCCUGAUGCAGCACAUUCGCUUCCCCCUGAUGAGCCCCAGCGAGCUGAUCCAGAUCUCCCAGGACGACGAGGAGGAGGAAGGCAACUCCCUGAUGCGCUCCGAGACGGCCUGCGUGAACCUCCUGCUGGAGGCCAGCAACUACCAGAUGAUGCCCUUCAUGCAGCCCGCCCUGCAGACCGAGAGGACUCAGAUAAGGUCGGACGCCACGCACAUCCUGGCGCUGGGCGGCGUCAUGCGGCAGCAGCUGGUGGUGAGCCGGGAGUUACGGCUGUACGACGAGAAGACCUGUCACUGGAGAGCCCUGAAGCCCAUGGAGGUGCCCCGCUACCAGCAUGGCGUGGCUCUGCUGGGCGGCUUCCUCUUCAUCGUCGGAGGUCAGAGCACCUACGACACAAAGGGUAAGACGGCCAUAGACAGCGCCUACCGCUACGACCCGCGCUUUGACAAGUGGCUCCAGAUCGCUUCGCUCAACGAGAAGAGGACCUUUUUCCACCUCAGCGCCCUGAAGGGAAAAUUAUUUGCAGUCGGAGGAAGGAACGCCUCGGGAGAAAUUGACACGGUGGAGUGUUACAAUCUGAAGAAGAAUGAGUGGACGUUUGUGGCAAACAUGGUGGAGCCUCACUAUGGACACGCUGGGACAGUUCACGGGGACCUCAUGUACAUCUCAGGUGGCAUCACCCGCGACACCUUCCAGAAGGAGCUCUGGUGCUACAACCCGGCCGACGACACGUGGAGCCGCCGGGCCGACAUGACGGAGCUGCGCGGCCUCCACUGCAUGUGCACGGUGGAGGACAGACUCUACGUCAUGGGCGGGAACCACUUCCGGGGCAGCAGCGACUACGACGACGUCCUGGGCUGCGAGUACUACCGGCCGGACACGGACCAGUGGACGGUGGUGUCGCCGAUGCCCCGGGGCCAGAGCGACGUGGGCGUGACGGUGUUCAACGGGCAGAUCUACGUGGUGGGCGGGUACUCGUGGAACAGCAGGUGCAUGGUGGACAUCGUGCAGCGGUACGACCCGCAGGAGGACGCGUGGGACAGGGUGUUCAACGUGCUGGAGCCUCUGGGGGGGAUUCGCGCCUGCACGAUGACGGUCCACCUCCCCGAGGGGUCGGUGGACGAGGCUCAGAUACAGGAGUGUCCGCUGCCGACGGCCAAGAGCUGACGGGGGGUUUCCAGCUUCUGCCGCUGUCAGACCAGAGGCACCACAACACGACGGUGCGCUGUGGCGAAAACAAGGCACAACAGGAAAUAGCGUGGGCUGCAAACACCAGCUUCAUGUGCAACAAAGGCAGGGCGGCUAACGUUAGCUAAUGUGUAUUUUGAAACUUCUACACCUUCCUAUCAAACACAUGGUUUUUGUGUAAUUUCCUGUCCUUUUCAUUCGCUUCCAGCCGGCUAACGUCCUGUUGCAAAGUUCCUGUUAAUCAGCUUUCGUUAUUCACUAAAUGAAACCCGCCAACGCUUUCAGAGCGGCCGGACAUGGAAAAUAACUGUUCACGGAAUAAAAAAGGAGUCAACAGCUUGGAAGUGAUGUGGUUAAAGGGUAACGUGGCGUCUUUGUGGCUUGUAAAUCAGCUCAUUGUCUCCAGACUAAAAUAAAUUAACUCCACUCUUUGUAUCAUAAUGAAGGACGACGUAUAACGUGAGGUUUGAUGUAUGGGGAUGAGUUGUAAAUUAGACCGUGGCUUCAAAAACAACACAUCUUGAUUAUGAUUUGGAACAAGGAGUCUCUUUAUUUUUACAGUUCACACAAACAUUUAUUCAAACUAAGUGAAAUAAUUCUAAGUUAAGUUUGGGAGACUUUUUACUCGGAUGCAAUGUAAAAUAAUUAGAUACAGUGUAUAUAAACAUAAAUCACAAUAAAACUUCCAUCACAAAAUGGUUCUGCAGGAAACAUAAAGAAGAAGAAUGUUUGUCUCCCUAAAUUUACUAUUUUACACGUUGAUUCCAUCUUUGUUCAUUUGUUUUAACAAGUGGUUGUUUCUGUAUCUUCAUGUUUCUGACCUUCCUGGAAACAAUGAACGUCACUGGAAGUCGGUCUGUGUAUGUUUUGGAUUUUCAGGUCAGAAAGGGAUUUAAAAAAAAAAAAAAAAAAAAAAGGUUAUUUGAUUUUCAUUUUAAAAUUCAAAAAUUAAAAUAAAAAUUUGAGGUAUGUUACCUUCAUCAGGGUGGAGAAGGGACAAAUAAACUUUACAUUUUCUCCUUCUAAAAACAAAAUAAAUAAAAUUCUUAGAAGACUGAAACAAAAAGCGCCAUUUUUUUUCAUAUUGUGCGACCGGAAGUUGCCAUUUUCAAAGUAAAAGCACGUAUGAGGACGGUACUGUGUUUCUGCCCAAAUAUACGACUUCUGUGUGGUUUCCCCAACCAAGGCUAAAAUGUCUUUGGAAUCUCAUUGAUGAUGGUGAUGGUGAUUUUUGACAAAACAAGGCUUGACGUCUGCAGAAAUCCCUGCAUGCGUCUGUUAGCUUGUAGCUAACGUUACCUAUUCACUGAUUAUAUGUAGUUAGUUUUAGUUUUUACCUGAAAUAUGCGGCUUAAUAUCUCUGCAGUCAUGUCACCGAGACUCCUUUAUUGUUUUGAAAAACAACGCACUGAUCCAUGUUCAUUACCUUCUGCGACACAGCGUCGUCCCUUUACAUGCUCUUACUUUGAAAAGGACAACUUCCGGUCGCGCAAUAUGAAAAGAAAUGGCGCUUUUUUUUGUUUCUGUCUUGUAACGAUUUUAUUUUUUGUUUUUAGAAACAUUCUCGACCCCGAUAAAGAAAAAUGGCCUGAAUUUCAAUUUUAAUUUUUGAAUUUUAAAAUGAAAAUAGAAAAACACUUAUUUUUUUGUUUUUUAAUGUCCAUUUCUGAAAUUCAAUAACCAAAACAUACACAGGCCGAAGUUUUUACCGCAAAGGAAAAACUCAACCAGAGAUGGACGAUCCGAACAAUAGAGGUUUCACCUCUAAAUCUGAUCAGUUCGGACUGAGGUGGUUUACAUGAAGCAUUUUUAUUCAGAUUAUUAGUAGAAUAUUAAUGUGUGUAACUGUCUACGGUGUAAACACAACCAUCUAAAAUCAAUGCACUGUUGUCAACCACUGUUCUGUGUCAAUGUCUGUGUCCAUGACAUUUAAUGAUUCAUUGUUAAAUGUGGGCAGAGAGCGAGAAGCUUCCAGACCUAGUUGUUGUACCAUGUUGCCUCGUCAAGCUCAGACAUUUACUGUCGCUGGACGGACACAUGUUUUAUUUGUUAUGUUUUGUAUAGAACACACUGAAAUGAUGUAUUUUAAAAUAAAAUAAAAUAAAAUAAAA